UUCAGAAAAUAUUCUAUCCAAGGUCAUCACCCAACUUGAUCUAAACUACUCUCCCUCAAAUAGAGCUUUACCCUUACGGCCAAGCCGGCAGAAACCUGUCCCAGGCCUUGUCUUUUCAAAGUACAAUGAAAAAACAUUGACCCAUACCCACUUUAACAGAGAAGCCCUGGGCCCACAUAGGUAGGCUUGUGUCGGUUUUUUGCCGGGUCAACCAACGGCACCCCUAAUUUUUUCAAACCGUCCUAACCCCGUGAUGUACCUCUUUCUGAUGGAAAAUUAUAACCCCGUUUGUAUCAACUUGACGGCCGUUACGUUAAAGCCCAUAAACCCCUCUUUUCAAAAAGGUUCCAUUCCGCGCCCAGAUAAAGAGAAAAAACCCCACCAAUAACAGAAAAACAGAACAAAAAAAAAAAAAAAUCCAGACGGGCCAAACCCCUGUCCCUGAAACCCUAGGGCUUGGAUCCCCGUCGCCGGCGGCCAUGGACGACCCCAAGACCCUCGAUCUCGUCAAGGAGCUCGUUGUCCGCCUCCUUUCCUCCCGCUCCCCCUCCCCCUCUGGGGACCCCUCCGCUGACGUCCCCCACGCCCUCCGCUACGCCCACCGCCUCCUUUCCAGCCGCAUGUCCCCCUCCCUCUCCCCCGACGAGCCCGCAAUGGCUGAAUCCAUCAAGCGCCAGCUCGCCGUCUCCGGAAGAUCCGCCGACGCCCUCGCCUUCGCCGACCUCCACUCCAAGCUCGCCGCCCGCUCAGGCCCCGGCUCCGUCCGCAAUCGCUGGGCCCUCCUCUACCUCCUCAAGUCCCUCUCCGACGACCGCCGCCGCGCCGAGCCGCUCCUCCGCGCCCCCUCCGUCGGUGGCCUCCCCACCCUUCCCCUCGAUCCCCACCCCGCCCGCCCCGCCAAGAAAACCCUAGCGCCCUCUGGUGGCGUCCUCCUUGUUUCCAAGGAUCCGGAGAACAUCCGCGAGAUCGCUCUCCGGGAGUACGCGGAUCUGGUCAUGGAGGAGACCGAGGUCUCGGAGUCGGCCCUCGUCAGGGACGUCCUCUACGCCUGCCAGGGGAUCGACGGGCGGUAUGUGAGGUUCGACAAGGCAUCGGACAGCUACGAUCUGCCAGAAUCUCUCAAGCUGCCGAGGUCCACGAGGACGAUGGUCAGGAGGCUAUGUGAGCUCGGAUGGCUAUUCAGAAAGGUUAGGGGGUACAUAACUGAGAGCAUGAGUCAGUUCCCGGCCGAAAAGGUCGGGACCAUCGGCCAAGCCUUCUGCUCCGCCCUCCAGGAUGAGCUCUCGGACUACUACAAGCUCUUGGCCGUGCUUGAGUCCCAGUCUCUGAACCCGAUCCCGACGGCCGGCAGUGAUUCAGGAGUGCCAGGGAACUACCUUUCCUUGAGGAGGCUCGCAGUGUGGCUGGCUGAACCGAUGGUUAGGAUGCGGCUGAUGGCGGUUCUGGUUGAUAUGUGCAGGAGUUUGAGAGGUGGGGCAAUGGCUGGAGCAAUCCAUGGGCAAGCCCAGCAUGGGGAUCCACUGGUCCAGGAGUUCAUGGGUCGGCUCCUCCGGAGGGUGUGCUCGCCGCUGUUUGAGAUGGUCCGGAGCUGGGUGUUGGAAGGGGAGUUGGAGGAUGUCUUUGCUGAGUUCUUCAUUCUGAGCCAGCCGGUGAAGGCUGAGUCUUUAUGGCGAGAAGGUUACCAGAUCCAGUCUGUGAUGCUCCCUUCUUUCAUUUCUCCAACAUUGGCACAGAGAAUUCUGAGGACUGGAAAAUCAAUUAAUUUCCUUCGAGUUUGUUGUGAGGAUAAUGGGUGGGCUGAUGCUGCUGCCAAGGCGGUGGCCCAUGUUGGUACCACCACAAGGAGAGGUGGGCUGGGUUAUGGUGAGACUGAUGCAUUGGAAGCUCUUGUGGUUGACGCAGCAAAGCGGAUUGAUCAGCACUUAAUGGAUGUAAUCCACCAUCGGUACCGAUUCAAGGAUCAUUGCCUCGCAAUCAAAAGGUACUUGCUUCUUGGGCAGGGUGAUUUUGUCCAGUACUUGAUGGAUAUUGUAGGCCCAGAGCUGUCGGAGCCAGCCAACACCAUCAGCUCAUUCCAAUUAGCAGGGCUUCUUGAGACUGCAAUCCGGGCAUCCAAUGCACAAUAUGAUGAUCGUGAUAUCCUUGACCGGCUGAAAGUCAAGAUGAUGGAUCAUGGGGAUGGGGAUAGAGGAUGGGAUGUGUUCUCAUUGGAAUACGAUGCAAGAGUGCCAUUGGACACAGUGUUUACGGCAUCUGUCAUGAAGAGGUACCUCAAAAUUUUCAAUUAUCUGUGGAAGCUUAAACGGGUCGAGCAUGCUUUGAUUGGGGUGUGGAAGACAAUGAAACCCAAUUGCAUAAUUUCCUGUUCUUUUGCUAAAGAAGGUGCAGUCAAAAUGCAAUUUGUCUCCAUGCUGCGAAGGUGCCAAGUUCUCUGGAAUGAAAUGAAUCAUUUUGUCACCAAUUUUCAGUACUACAUAAUGUUUGAGGUCCUUGAGGUUUCAUGGGCACAAUUUUCAGAGGAAAUGGAUGCCGCAAAAGAUUUGGAUGAUCUUCUAGCAGCACAUGAUAAGUAUCUUAAUUCAAUUAUGGAGAAGUCGCUUCUUGGGGAGAGAUCUCGAGACAUUAUUAAAACUCUCUUCACGCUAUUUGACCUCAUACUGCGUUUCCGAAGUCAUCAUGACAGAUGGUUUGAACGAAUAAAUGAGUUGCAACUCAGAGGAAGGGGCAAAUCAAGGUCAAAAUCAAAGGAGCCAAGUUCAUGGGUUGAUGGGGGUAGAAAAGCCAUGAUACAGCUUGCCAGAGAGUUCUUCCGGAUGAUGGGUGAAGACUUGGACACAAUUGCGAAAGAGUACUCAGCAUCUCUUGAUGCUUUUAUUUCUCAGUUGCCUAUGCAGCAACAUGUUGAUUUAAAGUUCCUCCUAUUCCGUUUAGACUUCACUGAAUAUUAUAGCCGUCUUUCCCCUAGCAAGUAAAAUCAGGGUGCUGCAGAAGAAAUGGUGGAAAAGCACUGAUCUGCCAUUUGUGCUUGUUGUAUGACUUGGCAAUUUAAGUGUGCUGACCAUUUUGGCUGGUGGCUGUAUUGUUUGCUUCAUGUAUCUAGAUGAAGAUGCUUAUCUGUUGAUUCUGUUCAUACCACGGAGGUAUUGCAUCAUCUUGAUUUAUAGAAAGAGUUAGGAAGCCCCAAAACAAGAACACGACGCAAGACUCGGAAAAAAAAAAAAAACAUGGUCAAGCCAGUUACAGAGUCCAAAAUAUCGAAGAACUGAUAAAAGUCUUCCUCUUCUUCUUCGGGGCCAUUCUAGUCAAAUCCAUCAUGAGAAAAAUGAUGCUGUCCAGAACACGUUAAAGAGUGCUGCUGCUUGUUGGUGAAGCCUCUAGCAUGUGCCCAGCCAAACCAACCAGCUAACAACUAAAAUCACGACAUCCCAUCCUUUCUCCAUCUUCCAAUCAUUAGCAUUCCGUCUUUUUUUCUUAAUGGCCUUUUCAUGAUGUUUCACAAUGUAUGAAUCAUGUGAAUAAACCUGUUAUCUGUAAAUGCAGUUGAGAGUGGAGUUGCAUGGAUCAUGGACCACCAAAAUAUUUAUCAUGCAAUUCUGAAGCUCUAAGCCAGUUAAUUUCAUGGAAGAAAAAAAAAGAAUCAUAUCUAAUUGAUUUGUGCAAUUGUUGAAACAUUUAGUGAACAUUGGAUCUUUGGUGCGAUAUGUAGGAGACCCAUUUUUCCUAGUGAAAGAGGUUGGUUAGUAUGUUUCUUUUUGGCAUGUAUGGCAUAAAUG